CAACGCUUAUGAACAUAUCGCUGACACCUUUUUUUAACUCAAUGGUUGGUACGCCCUGCUUUUUGUUUUCUUUCUUUCUCCACAAGAUGCGUUAGCAUCGGGGAACAGCUGUUAGUGAUUUUUUUUUCAAUACCACCAAUUACUAACUUACUUAUUUAAUGACGUGACUUUUCUUUGUUCUUGGAACGUGUGUAUGUCAAUGGAGCCUGCGUCAAAAACAUCUGCUGUUGCUGUAGAGUCCACGCGAGAGGUGUUGCACCCAUUUCCUACAGAAGCUGCGGGUGACUGCCCGUCAUUGCCCUUCUGUAAGGAAUACUCUGCACACCGGCCGUGCAUCAACCCACCUAGUGACCCUCAUGACUCCUAUAGAUCUCCAUUACCCAGCAAUGUGUAUCCAGAGACUAACAGAGCAGCCAUUCAGUUGGCGUUGAGGCAUAUCCAGGAGAAGAUCAGGCGGUUGGAGCUGGAGAACAACCUCAGAGAGACCGGCGGCCACCCCGUUAGUAGAGACACGCCGCGUCCACAUACCGCUAGAAUGACGAAGAUGACGUCAACUAGUCAGACGGGCGCAUGGAGAGUGAUGGAUAAUCAGUCCAACUGCAACCAAGCGUUAGUCACCCAACUUGCGGCUGCAGAGUCUCGUUGCCUAAGCCUGGAGCGUCAGCUCGAUCACAUGAGGAAGAUGUUGCACAACGCUAAGGGAGAGAAGAGCGUGCUCAAACGGCAGGUGACCAUGGGGGCGUCCAGGUCUACGCAUGAAGAAGCAGGUACCGCGUCUGCACAAGUCCAGCUACAGAAAAUGCUGCGACUGGAGCAGGAAUAUCUCAGGCUGACGCGCACUCAAACCCAAGCUGAGGUGAAGAUUCACGAGCUGGAGCUGAAACUGCAGGAAGAGGAGCACCAGAGGAAGCUGGUCCAGGAUAAAGCAAACCAGCUGCAGUCGGGUUUGGAGGCCAGCAGGAUACUGCUGCAGUCGGCCUCGCCGCCGCGUUGGAACGGCACGCGCCCCAAAAAGAGGGAGGACAUUUUAAAGACACAGUCUUCCUACUGGGAACCUCACUACAGACUGAACCUCGGAGAUGUCCCCUUUGUUGCCGGAACGUCCGUAGGCAGCAGCCACUCGGUCCGAGCCAACGUGCAGUCGGUUUUGUCUCUUCUGAAGCGCCACCAGCCUCAGCUGUGCAACAGCCGCGUCCUCGCAAGAAACAAGAACGGCGUCCGCUCGGGCGCAACGAACCGCCGCCACUCGGACACGUCCUCCAGCUCUUCCUCCUCUGCUAGCGAGGAGCUCUCGGAGCUUAUGCAUGCAUUACAGGAGGAGCUGAGGGUGAUGAGCUUAGGGCAAGACGAGCUGAUGCGCGAGCUGGAGCGCAGUGAUUCUCUGCAGGAAAGAAAGCAGCUGGAGCACGAGCAGGAGACUCUGCUCCUCAAAAUGGAGCGCAAAGGAGAGCAGAUCCGGAAGCUCUACAAGCACAAAAUCCAGAUAAAGAAAUUAAAAAAGGAGGCGUGCAGGAAUCUACCCACAGCGAGCGCAGUCAAACCAGGAGAGAAAAGCAGGCGCAAUCUGACGCUGCUCAGGGACAUGAAAGCCCUGCAGACCUCUUUAAGGACCUAAGGGACCUUGGACCCAAAUCCCUUUUAAAGUGCUUAUUAACUACAUUAUUUAUUUUCACUUUUGCUCAUUGUUUGCUACCAGCAUUAUGCAGUGGAUAUAAAAAGUUUACACACCCCUUUUCAAACGCCAGAUGUAGGUCUGGUAUUUCAACAGGAGUGUUUAGACUUUUUAUAUUCACUUUAGCUCAUACCUCAACUUGGAUCCAAUAACCUGCAAUACCCGUUCUGAACUGCCUCGUUUUUGCUUUGUUUUGUUUGUUUUCCUGACACUUUUUAAAGAUUUUACUUGAUUGAGAUUGUGUGUGUGUGUGGGAGGGGGUUAUCGGAUCUAAACCUACUGUAUGUUGAAUAAAGAGACAUCUGUGUG